AUGGACUCCUCCAACGCCAGAAUCGACGGCAUAGAUCUCACCUCGCUCCUCGAAGAUCCGGAAAUCGACGACGGCGCUGCGGGCGACGAUUCCGCGAGCGCGGAUGGCGAUUUCGCGAGCGCCGGCAGCAGUCGCCCCAGAAAUGUCACCGCAUUCAUGUCCCGAGCAGCGACGGUGUCGACUCCAGCCUCGGUGGUCUCCUUGCCUUCCGUCACCUCCCGUGCUUCAGUGACUUCUACAGCAGACGACGGCGACGACGACUCUUCUCUCUCCGGCACUCCGACGCGGAGCGACUCGAACUCUCGCCGACGGAGUUUCACGAUUGAACGUCGGGGUUCCACCGACGUGGCCCCAGCAGCAGCACCGCCCGCGGCUAGGGAUGAUACCGCGUCGCCGACGGCUCGAAGCUUGUUUUCAUACCAUUCCCCGCUUCACGCGGGCGGGGGGGCGAGAAACGGCAUUCCGAGUCGGCUUCCAAUCGACGUCACUCCCCCGAACUCGGGGUUCCUCGGCAGAAUCGGAGCCGACGCGCACAGUCACGUCCAGCCGAAGCUUUCGCAUUCCUCUCAAAGCGUUUCCGAGCAUUCUCACAAUCAACCCCCGCAGAUGCAUUCUUCUCGAAGCGACUCCGCGGUCGCCGCCCUGGCGUCGUACGGGAGGGGUAAAUACGCCGUGCAGAGUGGAGGGAGCUCGUUCGGCUCGACGUGCAGCGACGGGGGUGUCGCCAUUGCGACUUCUGCCUCUGCCGUUGCGACGGCUUCGACUGCUGCUGCGACUGGUGGUUUUUCUUCAGUGCAGAAGUUCCAGCCAGGAGUGGUGUUUUCAAGCCCGAUGCACCUGCAUCACCAGGAAGCUGCGUCUGAAUCACCGCAAGGAGAAUCGUCCGGAUCGCCUGGAUCGUCGUCAGUUGUGUCAUCAGGAUCCUUUUCUGGUGCAUCCCCAGACUCCUCAGACCCAGUCACCAUGAUCCCUCGCCACUCGAGCUUGACUGCGAUCUCCAAUUCCUCUGCUGCUUUUGCAGCCCGACACGCCCGGAGCAACACGGGCAGCCCGAGAACAAUUUUCAGAUACGUGUUACAACCCGGGCAGGCACCGCCAAAAUCUAUCAGUCAGAUCGAGAGGAGCGGGCAGGCGGCGAGCAGCGCGGCGAGCAAUGGGGGAGGGGCGUUGGUGCGGGAAAACGAAAAGGCUCCCUUGGAGGGUGGCCGUGGUGAGAGUGCGUGGGCGCCUGUUAUGGCUCCUGCUGAAAGAACGCAAGAUAAGGUGAGGGUGAGAGCUGGAGCUAACCCUGCUGCCGUGGAGGCUUACUUGAAGAUGAAAGCCCAGCGAGCAGGGCGGAGAUAG